GAGGAUGAGAGGACAGUGUCAGGACAGACACAAAGGUAAUAUCGCCUCUCUAGCAGCACAAACUCAAUCUGUGUUCCACCAUCUCCUGUACCUGUUGCCAUGGCUUCAGCUGUUAUGAGUGUGUUUCUUUGUGCAUUGGCUCUCAUUCUCUGCAGCAGACCAGCAGAGUCUCAAGCAGACUUAGCUUUGGACUGUUGCCUGACGGUUAGCUAUCAAAUCAUCCCCAAACACAUCCUCCUCAGUUACCACAAGCAGGUCAGAGGUGAUGGCUGCCCCCGUGAUGCUGUUGUGUUCAGAACCAGAAAAGGUAUUUUUCUUUGUGCCCCACCUGUUACUGAAGCUAAGUGGGUUGGAGAGCUGACCAAGUUUCUGGAGAAAAGGCUCAUGAAGUGCAAAGAAACCAAAUAUCAGGGGAAACGCUGUGAAGCUUUGAAGACUAUAUCUGUUUGAGUGAACACACACACACACACACACACACACACACACACACACACACACACACACACACACACACACGCAUACA